AUGUCUGAGCUCCGCCGCAAGCUUGUCAUCGUCGGUGACGGUGCCUGCGGUAAGACCUGUCUCCUUAUCGUCUUCAGCAAGGGUACCUUCCCCGAGGUCUACGUCCCCACCGUCUUUGAGAACUACGUCGCCGACGUCGAGGUCGACGGCCGCCACGUUGAGCUGGCGCUCUGGGAUACCGCCGGCCAGGAGGACUACGACCGACUGCGACCGCUGUCGUACCCGGACAGCCACGUCAUCCUCAUCUGCUUUGCCGUCGACUCGCCCGACUCGCUGGACAACGUGCAGGAGAAGUGGAUCUCGGAGGUGCUGCACUUCUGCCAAAAUCUGCCCAUCAUCCUGGUGGGCUGCAAGAAGGACCUCCGACGCGACCCCAAGAUUAUCGAGGAGCUGAGGAAGACGAGCCAGCGGCCCGUCAGCCCCGAGGAGGGCAUGGCGGUGGCGCAAAAGAUUGGCGCGGUGCGCUACCUCGAGUGCAGCGCCAAGACGGGCGAGGGCGUUCGGGAAGUGUUUGAGCACGCCACCCGCGCGGCAUUGGUCCAGAGGAGCAGGGGCUCCAAGAGGAAGGGCUGCACCGUCCUCUAA